CCUUCACCAAGUCUCUACCUCUUUCUCGGUCACUCUGUUCCUACUCAACACUUAAUCAUGUAUAGUUUGUGCGAGGAGUUAUUUUCAGGCUUAUUGGAGGGUGCAUUGAGAGCUAAAGAGGUUGUUUCUCUGUGGGUUUUGGCUACACUUGAGGGUUUGGGAAGUGGAGCUCUGAUUGGAGUUGCUAAGACAGUUCUUCUUGCUGGAUUUACCUGCAUUCUUGCAGUAGGAGGAGCUGUGGUGGGAGCAGUUCAUGGAGCCAUGAAAGGCCAGACAACAGAAACUGGAUUUUCUAUCGGAGCCGGAGUAGGCGGUUUGACGGGGGCUAUUGCUGCCAUUCAGUUGAUGGAUUUGGUAGUUCAUGGGCAGCCAUUGUCUAAGGUUGCUCUCCUAGGUGGGUUGGUAAAUGGGAAGGUGUUUAGGGAGUGGGUGAGCUAUGCUGUGCUAAAGGCCUAUCAUUGGCAAGUAAGCACGCUGGAGUCAUACAGGGAGGUUUAUGAACUCUAUGACAUCAUUAGAGCACAGGGGUUAUCCCCAGAAUGCAUUCAAAAUAUCCCUCAAACUAUAUUUUGUUCUGGCGAUAUCAUCGAUUCUUCGGAAGAGUUAUGCUGCACCAUUUGCUUACAGGAAUUGGAGGAUGGAGAGUACACAAGAGAACUUCCCAUCUGUAAACACUUGUUUCACUUGGCCUGCAUAGACAUAUGGCUAAGGCGACAAGGCUCUUGCCCUAUGUGUAGAGUACCCGUCGGCGACAACACAAUGCUCUAAUUUGGUCCCUGAAAGUCAGACAAUUAUUAUGAGAGGAAGUAAAUAUAUCUAGCAGUUAUGUACACAUGGGAGUGCUUUCUAAAUGUACCUAACUACCUAAGUAGGAGUGUAAGACUUCAAGUUAUCGUAGAUAUGUUUAUUUUCAGAAUGCUCA